AGCAGCUUUCACUUGCGGGCGACACAAAGCGACGCGCAACUGCAACGCAACACAGUUGCCACAAAAUAUAAAGUGGAUUAAAUAAAACAAAUACAAAAUGCAAGUGCUUAUACUUUUAGCUUUAUGUGCGCUCAGCUGCCAGGCGCAGCAUCAGCAUCAUAAUCAGCAUCAUCAGCAGCAGCAGCAGCAACAGCAGCACCAUCCCAAUGUGAAUAACAUACCACGGGAUGAGAAGCACGAUCAUCGUCAUGAGGAUGCACGCGAGACCAGCACCUGGAUACCCAUACUCAAGUACAACAAGGAGCAGAGCGAGGAUGGCAGCUACAAGACAGAAUACGAAACCGGCAACAAUAUAGUGCAUGAGGAGACUGGCUUCCUGAAGGACUUCGACACGAAUCCCAAUGGCGUCUUGGUGCAGCAUGGCCAAUACUCGUAUCAAUCGCCCGAAGGCACUUUGGUCAAUGUGCAGUACACGGCGGAUGAGAAUGGCUUCCGUGCCACUGGAGAUCAUAUACCCACACCACCGGCCAUACCCGAGGAGAUACAGAAGGGUCUGGAUCAGAUCUAUGCUGGCAUUAAGCUGCAGCAGGAGCGUCUGGAGCAGCGCGCCAAGAGCGAUCCGGCCUUUGCCAAGAAGCUGGAGGAGCGACGUGUUGCCAAUCAGAAUGGCCAAUACAUUGGCCUGCUGGAGAAUCAAUAGAAUGAUUGAUUGACAUUUUUAUUCUUCCAAAUUUUAUUCCACAUCCAUUUCCAACAGUUACCUUAGCCAAAAGACUGUGAUUUCUGCUGUUAAUUGUUAAACUCACCAGCCCAACCAACUCACACCCACACACACUAUCUACAACAACAAUAACAACAAAAUC